AUGAAAUUCAACCUCCAACUGGGCAUCCUCGCCCUCCUCGGCGUAACAACCGCCCUCCCAGCCAAAUCCUCAUCCGCAUCCGCAUCCUCAUCCUCCCUCCCCCAACCAAAAUCCACAUCCCCCGGAUGCGGCAACCACCUGGCCAAAGGCCACUCCCCCGGAGACAGCUACCGCGCAAACAUGAUCUCCGACGACGGCCGCAACCGCUCGUACCUAAUCCACCUGCCCUCGAACUAUACAACCCACAGACCGGCGCCUGUGGUGAUUGCUUUCCAUGGACGCGGCAAGGAUUCCGAGUACAUGGAGAAAUUGACGCAGUUUAGUAAUGAGGAGUUUAACCCCGAUGCCAUUGCGGUUUAUCCGCAGGCUAUUGUUGAUGACUACUGGCACGUCUCCUCCGGCCCCAACGACAUCUCCUUCAUCAUCCAACUAAUCAACCACCUCGAAAAAACCUACUGCAUCGACAGCACCCGCAUCUACGCCUCCGGCAAGUCCAACGGCGGCGGUUUCACCAACGACCUCGCCUGCGACCCCGUUGCCUCAACUCGCAUCGCCGCCUUCGCCCCCGUCUCUGGCGGGUACUACCAGAACCUGGCCUCCGAAGAGGACUGUGACCCGAGCACCGUGAAGAUCCAGUGUGACCCGGGACGCAGUAAGGUGCCGAUUCUGGAGUUCCAUGGCACAGCUGAUACGACGAUUCCGUAUGCGGGUGGGGCGAGGCAUGGGAAGUGUUUGCCGGUGGUAUCGCAUGCGUUGAGGCAGUGGGCUGAUCGGAAUGGACUUGGGACGAGUAAUAAGACGGAGGAGUUGUGGGGUGGGAAUGUGCAGAAGUAUGAGUUUGGGAGUGGGGAGAGUUUGGGAAUAGUUACACAUUAUCGGAUUGAUGGAUGGAAGCAUGUCUGGCCAAGUAAGGAUGGGAACUAUGAUAGUUCCAAGGAGACCUACUUCGAUGCCGCGCCGAUUAUCAUGAAGUUCUUUAAGAGGUGGUCGCUGUGA